AUGAUGACGAUGCCAUUGCUCGACACUACUGUCGACACGGAUAUGCCCGGCUUCGACGACGACGUCCGACAUCAUAUGUGGAACCACAACCUUAACAACUUGUUUCCAAUCCCCGCGACACUACCAGGACCAGAAGCGGGUGGAAACGCGAACAUGGGAGACUCCGACAUUAAUUCAGAAGCCAGCUCCGCCGGUCUUUCUCGAGACAGUGGGAACAACAACAAAAGCUCGGUGGUCGACGCCCUGACCAAGCAAGUAAUGGCUCUUAGCACCCGGGCCAUGUGUGCUACUCGCCAACUGGACCAUCACGCGGAUAGUAGUACGCCGCCGCUGACGGUAAACUCGCCCGUGGUGAACGAAGCAUUCGAGAUCGCCAAUGCGCUAGUACGUAUCAUACACGGUAUUCUGGCAGCGAACUUCAACUCUUUGCCCGCCAGUUCUUCUUUGUCCUCCUCGCAGUCCAGCGAGCAUGAAUCGCAACAGCCCAUCACUACCGACUACGGACUGGUUUUUCUCGCCCUCGCCUCUCACCAGCAUGUCCUAGGCCUCUUCAGGGCGAUUUGUGAUUCUAUCCGCUGGUCUCUAGGGUCAAUGGCCGCCACGGAGAGCGAUAGACAUCAGAAGCAAGCCUUGCACAGUAAUGAGGCGUCUUCUGCCCAGUUCGUGAUGGUCCUUCAACUCGUCAUGCACCUUAUCAGCCGUGUAGACCGGAGCCUCCGAACAGCGAACUGGAAGGCUUCUUCUGCUAGCUCAGAGGCGGAUGCCAAUGGUGGCAACUUCACUAGCAUGGCACUCCUCUCCCCGAACCUGACAUCUAGUCUAGGAUUUGAAGUCGGGGACGAAGGCGGCGGCGGUGGCGGCUCACAAUGCGUUGUUGACCUUGCUCAAAAUAUGCUGAGGAUGCUGCCCGAUGAGCACGCCAAAAUCAAGCAUGUCAUUCAGAGAUUACAAAAGCACAUGGAGGAAGGAUUCUAG